UGGGAACCAUCUCCAGUGGGAGCAGCGCUACCUGGACCCUGGGUAGCUGCGAAGCUAUGAAGACAAUUUGAACCCUGGGAAAUGACCUUUGGCUCUAAAAAGAAGACAUCAUAUAUUUUAUAAAAAAUGGCAGCAGUGAAAACCCCCAACAGAGAACUAAAGAAUACUGAAGAACUAUUUAAUAAUGUAUCACCCCUCCUAUUAAAAUCCUUGGUGGAAGAACCCAAAAAAAAGACAGAGGUACCUAAUCGCCUCCUAGAAUCAAAAAUUUACUCAAAACUUCAGAAUAAUGAGGUCAUACAGGCAAAACCUGGCAUAUUGCAUUUUGGAGGCUAUCAGGUGGAGAAACAACACCAACAGAUUCUGAAUCUGAUCAAUAUUUCCAAUGAUGCAACUCAUGUGCAUAUCAUACCCCCACAGACUAAAUACUUCCAGAUCAAGUACACAAAAAAGGAGAACCGCCUGGUCCCCGGCUUAUCCCUCACCAUCACCGUUAUGUUUUCUCCAGAUGAGUGGCGGUACUAUUAUGACUGCAUCCGUGUACAUUGCAAGGGAGAUGAUACUUUGCUCAUUCCCAUCCAUGCCUAUCCCAUCAUGAACACACUGGAUUUCCCCGCAUUUAUAAAUAUAUCAAACGUUGUACUUGGUGAAAGCAAAAAGUAUAUUAUUCCUUUGCAGUGCAGCUGCCCUGUAGAUUUUGAGUUUCAGAUUACUUUGAUAAAAACUCAUCAAGCCUUUACUGUUGAGCCCAUAUCAGGAAUAAUUCCAGCUAAUGGAAAGAUUAAGGUGACUAUUACAUUUACACCCUUUCAGUAUGGAACUUCACAAAUGAAAAUGCAGCUCUGGAUUUCACAGUUCAACUCUCAACCAUAUGAAUGUGUCUUCACUGGAACCUGCUAUCCAAACAUGGCCCUCAAGCCAGAAGAAUUUGAAAGAUUAUUUUCUCUUUCUAAGAAAGCUGAUCUUCCUUCAGAAAAGACAAUGCCACGUUUAAAUUUUCGCCAACUUCUACCUGCAAUAAAGCCUGCCAAGCUUAAGGAAAUUGAGUAUAAGAACUUGAGAUUUCCCAUAAAUUUAUCAAAUCCAUUUGCUGUGGCAACUGUUUUAAAUCAAGAACCAGGAAAAUUGAAAGUUAAAGACUUAAGAGAAGUGAUGGACCUACAUGAUGAUAUUUCAAAACGAAAACAGAUGAAGGAAGCACUCUUUGAACAGAAAGUCAGACAGUGUGUUAAAGAAGAGCUUGAAAAUCAAGUGAAGUGGCAGGUGCACCUUGGUAGAGAUUUUAUGCCUCUGAAAUUACGAAAAGAACUUAGUGAAGAAUGGCAGAAAGCAAACAACAAAUACAAGCUAUAUAGAGGAGAUCCUGUUUUGGAGGAGGAGUUUCAGCGACUCAAGACAGAAAUUAACCAGAGUCGGGUCAUUCACGAUAUAGGAAAGAAAAUGGAAGAAUUUCACCCCAGUUUUGAUCCACUCUUUAAUAACACCUGGGUCAACAGGUUCAGGGCACAAAAAAGGUUUCAACAAGCAGCACGCAAGGUCAUGGUUUAUCGACGGUUACUCAAAAUGCUGAAAGCUGUUCGUGAAAUGGAUAGAGAUGAAGUGAAGAGAAAACUGAAUCAAAGAAGACCAUCAAUAGAUGAAGAUACAGACUUGUCCAAAAUCCUUCAGCUGCGGAGGAAUGACGGUUCUUACUCUGGUCAUUCUUAUGUCUCCCCAAAAGAAAUUUUACCUUUUGCCUUCCCAACCUACAGUCCUCCUCAAGACUCCAAAGAGUUGGCUCCCGAUGGCCUUGGACCAGUCCCGAUUAAAGCUUCAGAAAUUCAAAUAAAGCAAAGUUACUCCUUCUACAAGCUGCAGGUUCCUCAGCUAUACAAACUUAAAGGCUACCAACCAUUCUCCGUGGAGAAGUCUUCGGCCAGUUAUAAACCUCAAACACUUGCUCGAGCCCUGAAGCAGGGAGCUGAGGACGAAGCCACCACUGUCAUCACCCUUCUGAAGCAGGACAGCACAGCACAGGUCCCCAGCAGGAUUUCUCUUCUGAACAUGAAGCCACCAGAGAAUUUAACCAGCUCUAUAGAUUAUGACCCUCUUUAUAUUUUUAAUCCCGCCCCUGGAUUAUUUGCAACUAAGCACCCAUCUGACCAUAUGUAGAAAACCUCCAUAGAUUAUCAUCUGUGUUCUCACCCCAAGUACAAGUUCCACCAAAGAGUGUCAUCCACGGGUUCCGGCAUUCCACCUCACCCAGAAGCAGGGUUUCUCCAUCACACUGGUAAUGACAUUAUUCCUGGAGUGAUGAACUGGAAGAAGUUCCAGCCCCUGGUUCUCUCACCCCUUUUUGAUGACUCUAAGGUGGAAACAGUGCAGAGCUGUGAUUCUUUCAACUUAGCUAUGCUUCCUGUAGAUGUCCCUGCCAUUCUGAACUCCUUGCCAGAAGAAGACAGAUUGGAAACAUUAGAAAGAGAGCUCUGUGACCAAAAUAUGGAAAUUACAUUAGUGCCAAGAAUGAUAGAAUCAGAAUUCCAUAUCCUGGAUGACAAGGACUCCAAAAGGGAGAAGGAUGCGAAAGAUCAAGCUCAGCCCCUGGAGAAGGUGGGAGAAAAGGUGAUGGAGGAGAUGAAGAAUCUGAGGAGCAAAGCUAUCAACUCGUACUUGAUUCUAGAUUAG